GAUAAGUAAUUUUACAGCUUCUUGAGUCAACAAGUGGUUUGACUUUCUCCACCGAAUUCCAAAAGUUUUCAGGCCACACCCAUCACCAUCUCACAUUAUCUUUUAUCUUCAUAACCUGCACUCUUAUGAUGAUCAUCUGGAUUCAUCUCAUCCAAAUCUCUUCGUAAUUGUUUCGCAUAAACUUUGCCCAACAAAGAUUUCAUUUUAUAGGAUCGAUCCUUCAUUUCAAUGGAGUCUUCUUCAACUUUAUCCAUUCACAGGAGCUUUAAGUAUGAUGUGUUUUUGAGUUUCAGGGGAGAAGAUACUCGUAAGAACUUUGUUGAUCAUCUUUAUCAUGCUCUCCAGCACAAAAGUAUUCACACAUACAAGGACGACGUGAGAAUCAAGAAAGGGAAAAGAAUAAGCGAUGAGCUCAUUGGAUCCAUUAAAGAUUCAAAAUUCUACAUCAUUGUUUUCUCCAAGAACUAUGCAUCUUCAUCUUGGUGCUUGGAUGAACUUGUGAAGAUAAUGGAAUGCCACAGGACGAAGGAACAUACCGCUUACAGCAUCUUCUAUGAUGUGGAACCUUCUGAUGUCCGGAAACAAAGCGGGGCAGUGGGAGAAGCCUUUGCCAAACAUGAAAAGAAAGAGGCUGCUGGGAAAUGGAGACAGGCUCUGAAAGAAGCAGCGGAUCUGGCUGGAUGGGUGUUGCAAAAUACCAAGGAUGGGCAUGAAGCUAAAUUCAUCAAAAAGAUUGUUGAAGAGCUUUCAUUGGAGUUACGUUCCAUUAGUUUCAACGUUGAUGAAAAUUUAGUUGGAAUGGAGUCCCGGAUCAAUGAUGUUUUAUCAUCUUUAGGAACCGGUACUGAUGAUGUUCGUAUGAUGGGGAUUAAGGGGAUCGGAGGUGGUGGGAAAACAACUUUGGCCAGAGCUCUUUUUGAUCAAAUAUCCUUUCAAUUUGAAGGUAAAAGCUUCGUCGAGAAUGUCAGGGAAGUUUCAACUGUAUCUUUCUUCGGUUUGAAGUCUUUGCAAAAUCAACUCCUUUCAGAUGUUUUGAAUGAUAAAAAAAUCAGAAUAAAAGAUGUUUCUGAUGGAAAACACCUGAUAAAAAAGAUGAUGCGUCAUAGAAAAGUUCUUGUUGUUCUAGAUGAUGUGGAUCACAAAGACCAGCUUGAGGCUCUAGCUGGUGAACCUAGUUGGUUUAUGCCGGGAAGUAUAAUUAUCAUCACAACAAGAGACAAGCAAGUGUUGGUAGCACACCAUGUGAAGUUAAUUCAUGAUGUUAAUUUGUUAUCAGAUAACGAAGCAAUUUGCCUCUUCAAUAGGUAUGCUUUUGGGAGAGAGAUUCAAUUUCAAGAGUAUGAAAAUCUAAGAAGACAAGUUGUACGUUAUGCCUCUGGUCUUCCGUUAACGAUCAGAGUUUUGGGUUCGUUUCUUUGUGGUAAAAAUGAGCCUGAAUGGAAAGAUGCCCUAGAACGACUAAAAACAAUUCCGUUAAAUGAGACCCUGAAAAAAUUGGAACUAAGCUAUAUUGCUCUAGAGGAGGAUUACAAGGAAAUGUUUCUAGAUGUUGCAUGCAUCAUGAAAGGAUGGCGGAAAGACGAUGCAAUCAAAGCGCUUGAAAGCUGUGGGUUUCAUGCUAUAAAUGGUUUAAGAGUUCUUGAGCAAAAAUCGCUCAUAACUAUUAAUGAUAAUUCUGGUGAUUACAAGUAUGUGGGCAUGCAUGACCAUAUUGAAGAAAUGGGCAGAAAUAUUGUACGUCGCUCGCACCCGGACAAACCUCACAAACAUACCCGAUUGUGGAUCUACGAAGAAAUUGAAAAUAUAUUGGCUAAUGAUUUGGGUACUAAAGGGACAAGGUGCAUUCGGCUUGAUGCUCAAAUUCGCGACCGGAAAUUUGAUAUAAAAGGACUUGGAAAGAUGAAGGAACUUAGAUUUCUUUACGUGGGAGCUGUUCGUUCUCGGCAUUGGGAUUCUAAUAUAGUCAACCCCGAAUUUCCAAAUGCUUUACGAUACUUGAGUUUGAUGUAUUACCCAUUUAGGUCUUUACCCAUAACAUUUCAAGCUAAUAACCUUGUUGCACUUAAGAUGGUUGGCAGUGAAAUCAUACAACUUUGGGAAGGGGGAAAAAGAAAGGUUCUUAACAAGCUGAGAAUCCUGGACCUUAGUUCUUCAAUGUUGACUACCCUUGACCUUGGACUUGCUCCAAAUCUUGAGAAGUUGGAUCUUGGAGAGUGUUCUAAUUUAGUAAAACUUCACAUGUCUGUUGAAUGUUUAAAGCUAGUAUAUGUCAACCUCCGAGGUGCAAGGUUGAUCACGAACCUUGACCUUAGGCUGGCACCAAAUCUGGAAGAGUUGAUUCUUAGCUUUUGCAACAAUUUGGAAAAACUUCAGAUGCCCGAUAGAUGUCUAAAUCUCAGAUACUUACUACUCGAGCGUUCAAAGUUGAGGACCUUUGACAUUGGGCUGAAUCCAAAUCUCAGCAAAUUAGAUCUUGGAGAUUCUCAUUACUUGGAAGAACUUUACAUGGGGCAUGAAUGUCAAAAGCUCGCCAAUCUCAACAUCAGUCAUUCGAAGUUGAGGACCCUUAAACUUGGGCUUACUAUGAAUCUCGAGACGUUAUAUCUUCGACUAUGUUGUCAUUUGGUAGAACUUCACAUGCCCAUUGAAUUUUUAAAGCUCAAAUACAUCAACCUUGAAGGUUCAAGUUUGAGGACCCUUGAUCUUGGUCUCGCUCCAAAUCUUGAAGAGUUGUAUCUUGUUGAAUGCAACAAUUUGGAAGAACUUCACAUGCCCAAUAGAUGUCUAAAUCUCCAAUCUUUACGACUUACUAAUUCAAAGUUGAGGACCCUUGACAUUGGGCAGACUCCAAAUCUCAGGAAUCUAGAUCUUUAUAAAAAUUCUCACCUGGAAGAACUUUACAUGAGAAAUGAAUGUCAAAUGCUCACCAACCUCAACAUUAGUCAUUCAAAGUUGAGAACCCUUGACCUUGGACUGACUCCAAAUCUCGAGAGGUUAGAUCUUGAAAAAUGUUGUAAUUUGGUAGAACUUCUCCCUCCCAUUGGUGGUCUGAAAAAGCUUGUUCACUUAUACUUACGUACUCUGGGGUUUGAACAUUUUUCGUUUGAGAUAAAGAACUAUACUUCUUGUAGUGUUGAUGAAUCACUUGAGGAAUAUACUUGUAGUGUUGAUGAAUCACUUGAGGAAUAUACUUCUUGUGUACUUGAGGAUUACACUUCUUGUAGUGUUGAUGAAUCACUUGAGGAAUAUACUUCUUGUAAUGCUGAUGAACCGCUUCAGGAUUAUACUUCUUGUGUAUUUGAGGAUUGCAAUUCUUGUAGUGUUGAUGAAUCACUUGAGGAAUAUACUUCUUGUAGUAUUGAUGAGCCACUUGAGGAUUAUACUUCUUGUGUACUUGUUGAUUACCCUUCUUGUAGCGUUGAUGAAUCACUUGAGGUUGGCCCUUUAGCUGAGUUAUAUCUGACUGUGAAUGCCGUAGAUAGCUGCCUACUUCAUCCCGAAAAUAGCUUGCCAAAGUUUCAGUUUAGUUGUUACUAUGUAGAAGGUCGACCUUCAUCCAUUGGAAAUGUUGAGAUGCUUAUUUCUCAAGGUAUGUGUGCUUGCACUAACCUGGAGACGUUUUCAGGAAUUAUUUGUGGGUUACGAUGUUUAAGAAGGCUUGAACUCAAAGGCAAUAUUAUAGAGGUGCUCAAGGAUCUUGACAAGUUAGAAUGUCUCGAGGAGCUAAGUUUUUCAUCUACAGAGAUUAUGUAUCUUCCGGAUAGCAUUUGUAUGUUGAAAAAUCUGAAAUCUCUCCAAAUUAUUUCAUGUUUUCUUCAUGGGAAGUUACCUGAGGAUCUUGGCCAAUUAGAAUGUUUAGAGAGUCUGGAUUUGUCGGAUACAAAUAUUGAACAUCUUCCGGAUAACAUUUUUAUGUUGAAAAAUCUGAGAUAUCUCAAUCUUAAAUCGUGUUCGGAUCUUGAAAAGUUACCUGAAAAUCUUGGGGAAUUAGAAUGUUUAGAGAAUCUAUAUUUGUCAGAUACAAAUAUUAAACGUCUUCCGGAUAGCAUUUUUAUGUUGAAAAAUCUGAGAUAUCUCAAUCUUAAAUCGUGUUUGCUUCUUGAAAAGUUACCCGAAGAUCUUGGCCAAGUAGAAUGUUUAGAGAAUCUAGAUUUGUCAUAUACAAAUAUCAAACGUCUUCCGGAUAGCAUUUUUAUGUUGAAAAAUCUGAGAUAUCUCAAUCUUAAAUCGUGUUCGCAUCUUGAAAAGUUACCCGAAGAUCUUGGCCAAUUAGAAUGUUUAGAGAAUCUAGAUUUGUCAGAUACAAAUAUUGAAGGUCUUCCAGAUAGCAUUUGUAUGUUGAAACAUUUGAAAUAUCUCCAACUUAAUGAUUGUUCGUUACUUGAGAGGUUACCUGAGGAACUUGGCUGUAGAGAAUGUUUAAAAGAGUUGAGUAUAGAAGGUACAAGAAUAAGUGAUCUUCCGCAGAGCAUUCUUUUAUUGAAAGGUCUACAUAUUGUUGGGUCAACAGAGCUUCUUGAUUCGUGUGGGUUUACAUCCGAGAUGCAAACCUUACAUGUAUAUGAUCCACCCCCAUUCACGAUGGAACUAUUGUAAUAGGAGUUCAGAUGAUCAGGAAGCAAUCAUCACACAUUGUUAUCAUUGUGCAUGUGCUGCUGAUAGAACUGGACAUGAAACAUAUCACAGUUCCUUGCGGAAUAUUUGUUGGCUUUGGAUCUAAUCAUGGGUAGUGAUGACAGCUGCCAUGGUGAUAUUGCACUGAACAUGGAGGAUGCAUGGGACGCUGAAGUUGAGCAUGGUGAUAUUGCUCUUAGGGACGAAGAUGAGAUGGAAGAAGACAUUGGAGGGUUUGAUGAUGAGAGAUGAACCUGGGUUUAAUGAUCUUGGGAAGUAAUUUUUAGUUGGUCACUUUUGGAACUACUUUUUGGUUUGUUAUUUAUGAUUCAUGGACUUGUUAUUGUUAUGGUUUUAACGUUUGUUGUGGAACUACUUUUGGCACCUCACUAUAGUUCAGUUCAUAAACGCAAUCAA